ACCAAGUCCAGAACCUUCAAUUCAUUACUUUCUCAGGUGCACUGGCGGGUAGCCAGAACCUUCUUCUUUCUUCAAGUCCCCUAGGGUUUUUGCAUUACUCCAGUUUCAGUAAAUCCCUAAUUCCAGCGAUUCAGAGCAAUGCCAAGGUAUUACUGUGAUUACUGCGAUACUUAUUUGACCCACGAUUCGCCUUCAGUGAGAAAGCAACACAAUGCUGGUUAUAAACACAAGGCGAACGUGCGGGAGUACUAUCAGCAAUUUGAGCAGGAACAAACCCAAAGUUUGAUUGACCAACGGAUCAAAGAGCACCUUGGCAAUUCUGCAGCUUAUGGUGGUCAGCCUUACGGGAAUAUUGGUGCAGCUUACAAUCAACAUCUAAUGUCUCAGCCCCGUCUUCCUGGCAUGCCACAAAUGAUGGCUCCAGGGAUUAGGCCUCCUGUUUUGCCAAGACCUCCUGUACUCAGUGCUCCAGGUUACGGCACUGCUCCACACAUGAUCCCAAUGAUGGCUCCACCUGGUGCUCCCAGCAUGCCUGGUCAAUUAAAUGCUCCCAUGAGGCCUCCUCCUGCUUUAAAUCCUCCACCAGCAGUUCCUGGCAGCGCAGCACCAAAUGCUUCUAAUGGUGCCCCUCCUAUGGCUGCACCCCCGAUGUAUCAACCCAAUCCAACAGCACCAACGAGUGGAGGCUAUGAAAGUUUCAAUCCGAAUACUCAACCUCCUGAUUCUAGUCAGUAAUGUGUCAAAUUGCACCUUCGUCGUAGAAGUCUUCUGCCAUAGUUCGGUCUAAUGGGACUUUCAUCAUGUGAUGCAAACCAGGAGCUGAGAAAAGUGGAGAGUAUGAUUGUAUCCUCUAUUUAAAGUUGCACAUCUUAUUUGGACUUCUUGUAUUUAUAAGAGCAAUUUGUCGAAAAUGUGCGGUCUGAGACCGACUUAAAACGUGUGGUUCUUACCCGUGUUAUUUUAAGAUCGUAUGAUGUUGGCAUUUGAACAUUCUUUUA